GCAGGGACCGAACCCGCAACCUCAUGGUUUCUAGUCGGAUUCGUUAACCACUGCGCCACGACGGGAACUCCCAGUGUCACUUUUGAGAAGUGCCUUCGAAAGGGCUGUUUUUCAAGCCAGUGUCCGCUGGCCCUCUUCGGUAGCACUAUCAGAAAUACUUGCUUAAAAACCGGAGGAAACAGGACUGCAUUUCCCAGUCCAAGCCAGGCGCAGCUGGAGAAGAAGACACCCUCAGCAAGCUGACUUCUACUACGCAUCCAGUCUCCCCGCGAGCCGAUCGCUUCCGGUUGGCGCCGUAUCGUCAUUAGGUAGCGCCGGAAGUGCCCUCGCGCUGCCUAGGAGACAGGACGCUUGCCCAGCCGCUGACAGGGCCCGGCGGGCCGCGCCCACCCGGUCGCCAUGGAGCUGCCUCCAGGGCCGCGCGACGAUCCUUGCGCCUGGGACGAUGACUCUGACCUGGAGCUGGAGCCUGACCCAGACGCGCAGGCCGAAGCUUACGUGGCCCGCGUGCUCAGUCCUCCGAAACUCGGGCUGGCGCCCCCGCGCACCCCUCCGCUGCCGGCUCCCGCCGUGUCUCUUGGCGCUCUGGAGCCGCGGGCCGCGUCCAAGGGCCCGGCUGUGGCGGUUCCGGGCCUGUUGAGCCUCCCCCCGGAGCUGCUGCUCGAGAUCUGCGCCUACCUCGACGCGCGCCUUGUGCUCCACGUCCUGCCGCUCGUGUGCCACACGCUGCGCGACCUCGUGCGUGACCAUGUCACCUGGAGGCUACGCGCGCAGCGCCGCGUACGCGCGCCCUACCCAGUGGUGGAAGGGGAGGACUUUGAUUGGCCGGCGGCCUGCAUUGAGCUGGAGCAGCACCUGUCCCGUUGGGCAGAGGAUGGUCGCUGGGCUGAGUACUUCUGCCUGGCUGAUGGGCACUUUGCUUCCAUUGACUCAGUGCUGCUGAUCCAGGGUGGGACACUUUGCCUUUCGGGCUCCCGAGAUCGCAAUGUCAACCUGUGGGACCUGCGGCAGCUGGGAGUGGAGCCCAGCCGGGUUCUGGUUAAGGCCCUGGGCUCCCAGAAGAACAGCACGCACAAGGGCUGGGUGUGGUCGCUGGCAGCGCUGGACCACCGAGUGUGCUCUGGUUCAUGGGACAGCACAGUGAAGCUCUGGGACAUGGCGGCUGACGGGCAGCAGUUCGGGGAGAUAAAGGGCAAGGCAGCAGUGUUGUGCCUGUCCUACCGGCCUGAUAUCUUGGUGACCGGAACCUAUGACAAGAAGGUGACCAUCUACGACCCCAGAGUCGGCCCAGCCCUGCUAAAGAGCCGGCGGUUGCACUCAAGCGCAGUGCUGGCGCUGCUGGCGGACGACCGGCAUAUCAUCUCGGGCAGUGAGGACCACACGCUCGUGGUGUUCGACCGCCGAGCCAACAGCGUCCUGCAGCGGCUGCAGCUGGACUCCUACCUGCUCUGCAUGUCCUACCAGGAGCCUCAGCUCUGGGCAGGCGAUAACCAGGGCCUGUUGCAUGUCUUCGCCAACCGCCACGGCUGCUUCCAGCUCGUCAGGUCCUUUGAUGUGGGCCACAGGUCUCAGAUCACAGGGAUCAAACACUCCCUGGGGGCCUUGUACACCACAUCCACCGACAAGACCAUCCGGGUACACGUGCCCACAGACCCACCAAGGACCAUCUGCACUCGAAGCCACCACAACGUGCUGAAUGGGAUCUGCGCUGAGGGCAACCUGGUGGUGGCCGCCUCUGGAGGCCUGUCACUGGAGGUCUGGAGGCUGCAGGCCUGAGGAAACGGAUGUGGAUGGAUGGGAUCUGCUGGCCAGCAGGCUGGGCCGUGGAUUCUCUUCUGGGGGAACUUCCCCCAUGCUGGUGCUGCCUCUGUCCCACCCACAGGCCUAGGGAACCCAGGGUUCUGGCCACAGUCGGGUGUGGGGGGUCCCUGGGCUGGGCAUCCCCAGGGGAGGUGAGGUUUGUGUUCCAGCCCACCCAGGGGGCUGCUCCGCUCCCCACCCUCAGGUUCUGUUUUUGUUAGGAUUUGGAUGCCUGCUUUCCCUGGAGCGGAGGAGAAAUAAAGUUGAUAUACUGGUGCUCUGGC